AUGGGACUAUCAGAGGCAUAUGACUAUUUGACCAGCUUCAGCGAAGGAAAGCAAAUACUUCAGGCGACAGUCUUCGGUCGUCGUCCUCUUCUCAAGAUGUCUUUCAUUCAGCUGUGCUGGCACCGAAGAAAGUCAGAAAUUCCCGGCAUCAGUACAGACAACAAGGAGGGGUCGGUGCAAGCUUCGGUGAGAUCAAGCGAAGUGUGCGGUGACCAACCGCCUGUCAUUCAGUUGGCACGAACCAGCACGAUAAACCUGGUGGCACAGAUGCAGCCUCACCUUUCUUCAGUGGACAGAGCUGCCGAAGAACAUCCAACAAUACCACCCCGCUCUCCAGGCCGGCCGGCACCGCAGGACGGAGAGCCUACUCAGCCCGCUACAGGGCUUACGAUUCACCGCAAUACCGCGUCGAUGAACCUUUCCGUCACCACCGGGGGAGGAGGAGUGUAUAAUGGCAUGGGUAUAUCGAGUAAGACGAGCAGCCAUACAGCCCUGUCGGAGAGAUCCAAUCAAACCGUCAACCAUGACCCGACCAAGCGAGCCACGAGCCCAAUCGAGACGGUAGGCCCAGCAAUGCCGUCUGAGGCCGAAUCGAACCCGUUUUCGGACAGCAAAGCCAUGAUGGCAUCAUGGGAAGGGUCGCGCAGUGUCCUUGUCCCUCGAGGAUCGUCCCAAUGCUUCGGUCACGAAACAGAGAACUCAAACGGUAGCUACUAUAGCCGUGACCAGGGAGAAGCCCCCAGAGGUGAUAGGCAGUCCGGGAGGAGGAGUGAUAGCAGCCACUCCUCGACUUCGGUGAGUUUUCGAUUAAUUGGUGGGAAUAGAGAAGAGCGAAGGGAGCUGAUUAGGUCGCAAUCCCUUCUUAAAUUCAAUGCAUCGGCUGAAUAUUUCGGGUUGAGUGCCAUUAUACCGACGGAGAUGCCACAAAUGUCAGCUCUAGUUGCUGAAAAUGACAAACCCGCAAGGCAAACCUCGCUACUCAGCAGGCUGCGUAAAGUCAAAUCUAACCUGACAGUUAAGCGAAAGGAUACCAGCAAGCACACCUUGCGGCGUAUCAAGACCAUGGCAAAUAUGAACACUCAGGCCCAGUAUGGCAUGCUCGAAGGGAAGGCCAUUGAAGACCUCGCACGCCUCGGGGGGGAGAGUAUUCUCACUUUCCCUUCCGAAUACGAACCAGGGGUCCUUCGGCUUCCCACUUGCAUAGCAGCUCCAGUGUACUUCUUGUUGCAGCAUGGUACUUCUGCACCGUACGGAUACGGAAGCGCGUGUGAUGAACUGGUUGUCUCGGCGCUGUAUGGCCACUAUGCACAGCAGAUAGUCAGAGCAGAACGAGCAAAGGACACGAUCAACAGAACGACAAGAUCAGUCCGCCUUCCAUCCGGCUAUGUCUAUAAGUGUGCGCGGACAAAGGGUGACGCCCAUGUCCAGGACAUAUCCACAGUUCUCAGGCAUUUCCUCUGCGAGCUGCCUGGUGGUAUCCUGGGCUCGUCGCAUCUGUACAGCAUCCUGGUGAAGGUACACGACCAGAGCUUUUCUGAGGCGAAAGAAUCGCGGGAUCCAGGCCGAAAAGAAUACAUCAAAGGCAUGGCCGCUCCCUUGGCCGCAAAGGUCCGGAUGACUUCUCUGGCGCUGCUGUCACUGGCAACAGACAUGCAGCUGGAGUUAAUAUGUGCCAUUUUUGGCCUCCUCGCGCUGACUGCAGACGAGUGUGCAGACAGGAAGACCGUCCAUCAGUAUCUCCACGCUCCCGGCACAGCAUCAUGCGACUUUUGUUUGACGCUGCCCACUCCGCGUACGUUGGGACGAGUGUUUGGCUCCUUUUUACACGACGUGAAGGGCGUCCGCGAGCUCCAGCCGUCGGUGCAGUUUAAGCUGGCGGAGGGGACGAAGUCAGCGGACGUGGCGACGAUGCUGAUUGAGCUGUGGAAAGACAUUUCGACACAGCUUCGCAUGUGGGGAGUUCUCGAGAGUACAUGA